AUGGGUUUUUUGAAGGUUAUAAAACCGAGAGUCAAAUUUGAAGACAUAGCAGUGUUCCCAUACGCACGUGCGCACAACAUGAAGUUCCUGGGAAUCAUAUUUGGGCUUCUACUAGCCUCUUGUCAGGCUUUGCACAGGAUACCUCUCCACCGGACCGGGACGCCGCGCUCUCUCUCCGCCCUCAGGACCGCCCACGCCGCCCACGCCCGCAGGAUCGACCCUCAGAACGCCCUUUUGGAUAUCGAGAAUUACGUGGAUGCACAGUACUACGGCUGGAUCGGAGUGGGCACGCCCUUGCAGUAUUUCAAAGUGGUUUUCGAUACCGGGUCUUCUAACCUGUGGGUGCCUUCCAAGGACUGUUCUGCCCUCAAUAUUGCAUGCCAAUUCCACAACCAGUAUGACCACGGCGCUUCCUCGACGUACGUAGCGAACGGUAGCGACUUUGUGCUACACUACGGGACAGGUUCGCUAGAGGGCUACGUGUCCUUGGACAGCGUGGACAUGGGCGGUUUAGUCGCGCGGGACCAGGGCUUCGCGGAGGCCGUGAAGGAACCGUCUCUGACCUUCGUGGCGGCCUCCUUCGACGGGAUCCUGGGCAUGGCGUUCCCGGAGAUAGCCGUCCUGGGCAUCUCGCCCGUCUUCACCACGCUCUACGCCCUGGGCGAGGUCGACGCGCCCGUCUUCUCCUUCUACUUCAACAGAGACCCGAGUGAGGAAGUGGGCGGCGAACUGGCUCUGGGCGGCUGGGACGAGAACUACUUCGUGGGUGACCUGACGUGGGUGAACGUGACUCAGACUGGAUUCUGGGAGGUCGAGAUGAAUGGCGUGAAAUACGGCGGCGAGCAUGCGGGCUGCGCGGGCGGCUGCGUGGCGGUGGUGGACACGGGAACCUCGCUCAACACGGCGCCCACGGAGGAGGCGGCGGCGAUCAACCACAUGAUGGGCGCGAUCCACAUUCUGGGACCCGAGUGGCUGAUCGACUGUAACAGAAUCCCAGAAAUGGGUAACUUGACUUUUACUCUCGGAGGCGUGGACUUCGAUCUGAAAGCCGACGAGUACGUCCUUCGCAUCGAGGCCGAAGGAUCGCCCACCAUCUGCCUGUCGACCCUCGCCGGGCUAGACUACCCGCACUACCCGCUGUGGAUUCUUGGCGACCCGUUCAUAGGCCGCUGGUACUCGGUCUUCGAUAUGGGGAACUUAAGGGUCGGAUUCGCUCGGUCGACGAAUUGAAGAGGGGGGAUGGGAGGAAGGGAGGAAGAGAGGAAAUGGGAGGAAGGGAGGAAGAGAGGA